AUGUUCGCUGCCGCACGUCAGUCCGCCCUCCGCACAGCGCGAACACAGCUUCGGCAGUCGCAACCCACCGUCGUACCCCAAUACUCGGCCUUCGCACGCUUCGCGUCAACAUUCGCCAUUCUCGAGCAAAAGGAGGGAAAGAUUGUAUCACAGUCAUUGGCUGCCAUCACGGCAGGAACAAAACUCGGAGGCUCAAUAACAGCCUUCGUCGCUGGAAGUGGGGUCAAGUCGGCCGCAGAUGAGGCAGCCAAGUCAAAGGGUGUAGAGAAGGUCAUCUACGUUGAGAAUGGAGCAUAUGAUAGGUGUCUUCCUGAGAACUAUGCGCCACUCCUGGUUGAAAACAUCAAGAAGGGUGGAUACACACACGUCGUUGCCGGUCACUCAGCAUUUGGAAAGAACAUAAUGCCCCGUGUCUCGGCGCUGUUGGAUACACAGCAAAUAUCAGACAUUACCGACAUUGAGGGGGAAGACACAUUUGUCCGCCCAAUCUACGCUGGUAACGCCAUCAUGACAGUUCAAUCGUCGGAUAGCACCAAGGUUAUCACCGUCCGAGGCACCGCAUUCCCUGCGCCCGAGACCGAAGGUGGAAACGCAACAGUGGAGGAGGGCAUUGACCCCAAGGCCGAAUGCUCGACAGAGUGGAUAUCCGAAGACCUCCAGAAGUCCGACCGUCCAGACCUUGGCUCGGCAGAGAAAGUUGUCUCGGGAGGUCGUGGUCUGAAGUCCAAGGAGGAGUUCGACAAGCUCAUGCCACCGCUAGCAGAUGCGCUCGGUGCGGCUAUCGGUGCAUCAAGAGCAGCAGUCGACAGUGGCUUUGCGGACAACAGUUUACAAGUAGGCCAGACUGGAAAGAACGUUGCGCCACAAUUAUACCUGUGUGCUGGUAUCUCCGGUGCUAUUCAACACCUGGCAGGCAUGAAGGACAGCAAGGUCAUUGCAGCCAUCAAUAAGGAUGCCGAGGCACCCAUCUUUCAGGUCGCAGACGUCGGUCUCGUUGGAGAUCUUUUCGAAAAGGUCCCAGAGUUGACUGAGAAGCUCAAGUCGCACAAUCGGAGAAGAUGGUGGAACGUGUGGAAGAAAUGGGAAGGGCAGGAUAGUGACUGGUGGUUUGCCAGCACCGGGAUUCCUUUGCUCGCUGCAACUCUCGGUCCACUGGCAAAUGUAAGCUCGAUAGCUGCCCUCGUCACCCCCUGGAGGCAGCAAAACAUCAUCGAUGGCGUCCGAGUCUCAGACUUCGAAGGUGUACCUUUUGGCGACCCGAGAUGGUGCUACUGGAUUAACGUAGCUUCACUCAUCUGCGGUUUUCUUGGAAACCUCUUCCUUCUCCUCAACUUCACACAGAGGAUCCGCUACACUAUUGCUUUACCUGUUACAGUCGUUCUAUGGUAUCUUUCAUCCGCGUUUCUGAUAGCAAUAACGAUAUGCAUGAACACUUACCAACCACCCAUUCGACCAGAACAAGGGUAUACGCAAGGAUUUUGGUAUGCGAUCGCGGCUGCAGCAUUUUACACCAUCUGUUCCAUGAUUCUCAUGGUCAACAUGCUUGGUUUCUUUCUGGGUCACUAUCCAGAGAACUUCGCAUUGAGCGACAGUCAGAGGACGCUCAUAUUACAGACUAUGGCCUUCUUCAUCUGGCUAGGUGGCGGCGCAGCAAUCUUUGCGAAACUUGAGCAAGAUGCUGGCGAAGACAGUUGGAGGUUCGCCGAUGCUCUUUACUUUUGCGACGCAACUAUUCUAACUGUUGGAUUCGGCGACCUAGUACCCACGACGGACGUCACUAGGGGUAUUGUAUUUCCGUACUCUGUAGGCGGUACAAUAACGCUAGCUCUCAUCGUCUCAUCGCUUUACACAGCGGUGCGCGAGCUUGGGGACGAGAAAAUCGUCCAGAAGCAUGUUGAUCGCAUGCGCGAGCGUGUCGCAGAACGUACAGUUACCAAUUCGUUUGAUCUUCGACAUCGCGAGCGCGAAGCUCACCACCUGAUCCGGAAACGUAAACUUGGCUUUCCACGGAUAUCAGCACCUACUGAGCCACGGCCUCUCAGGACGCUUGUAGGCGAAUCAGUCCAGCGUACAUCAACUAUUCCCCGUGUCGCUCAUGCUUUUGGUAUAGCCUCCUCUAAACCGAAGAUCAUGCUGUUGAAAGAAGAGAAGGAUCGCUUUGAAGCUAUGCGCAAAAUUCAGGCCGAUUCACAGAAGUUCAAGCGUUGGAUGGCAUUAUUCUGGUCCGUCACUACAUUUUCAAUUCUCUGGUGUGUUGGCGCGGUCGUCUUCUGGGUGACCGAAGAGGAAACGCUGAACUUGACGUACUUCCAGUCACUCUAUUUCUGCUAUGUCAGUCUGUUGACUAUUGGUUAUGGAGACUUGGCACCGAGAUCCAAUUCAGGGCGCUGCUUCUUCGUCAUCUGGAGCUUGAUAGCCGUGCCGACCAUGACCAUUUUGGUUUCGGAUCUAGGGGAUACGGUUGUUGCCAAUUUUAAGAGGUGGAGCGACGAACUCGCUGACUUUACGGUACUACCUAAAGCAGGUAUCUGGCGUUCCUUCCUGAACAAGCAUCCCUGGCUGCUGCGAUGGCUGCAGCAGUGGACAGAGUACCGAGCGAGCAAGAAGAGGCUGAUCAGGGGCUUCAGCAUCGCAGAUCCAAGAUCAGAGGACAGUUCCGCAACCUCCUCUGACCUCCAGAACCGAGAAGAUAUUCUGAAUGACCCCGAACAUCGCGAAGAAGCCACCGACUUAGAAUUGACUCGCCACCCUACUGUUCUUGCUCUCGCCAAUGAAGCCGAGACUGACAUUACAAACCCCCCCACCCGGGCCUCUCUUACUCGUCGUCUCGCCCUUUCCAUCCAAAAAGUUUCUCUCGAUCUGAAAACCGAUGGAAAACGCUAUACGUAUGAGGAGUGGGUUGAGUUCACGCGACUUAUUCGCUUGACCAGUCCAGAGCGCCUGGACCGUGAUCUUGGAAGCGGUGCAACGACGUUUGAUGAAGAGAACGAAGAAGGUCUAGUUAACUGGGAUUGGAUUGGAAAUGAUAGUCCCAUGGUAUCUGGGAUCAGUGAA